UCUACUAAUUUUUUGAAGAAACAAAUCUUUAUUUCAAGGCUGAAAACUGGUUUAGUGAAAUCAUGUCAGGAACUUCAUUUCUAACGACAGAGUUUCAGAUUACUCAGGAUUUGAUUGGAGUUGAAAGUACAUGGAAUGAAAUCAAGAAAGCGGUGAAGUCUACGCCGACCAUGGUCUUUUCUGUAAUUUGAGACUCUGAAAACUUUGUCUCAAAGCCUUGGCAAACAACUGUGUUCCAGACGGCUUUGAUCGAAGCAGCAAGGAGCGGAGGAGUUUCUUGGAUCUUGUACCGUGGAUUAGAGAAUGGUGUCUCAAAGAUCAUCAGUGAUGCUUACAGGCGUUACGUGAAUUUAAAGUGCUCUUCAAAAAGCGGCAGCCCUUCACUCGAUGACGUUGAACGGCACAUCAAGCUUAUAAGUUUUGCAGGAAGACGGAUUCAAACAGCCGCCAGUAAAACAAUGCAAAACGAAACAAAAGCAGGAAAGACGGACAUGUUUCUUUUGGACUUUGAAGAAUUCAUUUCGAGACAAAAAUCAGUUUUCAGCAAGACAAUUGAUAUACUUAAUAUUUUGAUAAACCAAUGAUAAUAUCAGCAUCAUUAACUUUGUGGGUAUCAAUCGUUUUAUAUGUAUUAUUUUUAGAGUACAUAUGAAGUCAUUGCAAUGAUUUAAACUAACACUUUUUAUCGCGGGAAGAUUAAAGCAACUUAGAGUUUAAUGACCGUUGAUAUUAUGAUCGAUUUUUAGACUGUUGGUUUUUUUUUCUUCUGGAAAGCAACUUUUCUGAAUAUUAAUAUCAAGUGAAUGUGAUAGACAGGAUAUUAUUUUUCUAUUUCGAAUUCGAGUCGAUCUUAGAAGCUGCCGUGCCAUGGUAUCACAUGGCAGUUAAAUAGACCUCUUUUUACAAAACAUCAAAAAGUUUAAACACUACCUCAUAGUUCAUUUGUAUGUAUGAUAGAAUAAUUCGAUCGGCAUGUAGUUCAUGUUGAUUUUUAUUUAUUGCUAGAAUUCUAUUGUUAAUCUCAUGCAAUAAAUAUCGUCCCCCACAAAGUCUUUCAUUUCACUGAAAAUACUACGCAUUAUUCAUUUACAUUAACCAAGCGCAGGAUUCUAGCAGCACUUUUCAAGUAUUUAAGGCCAUUGCUUUUGAUAUUUGUCAAAUUCAUCUUUCAAAAUAUUCUCGGUAGUGUUACACUUUUGCAUUUGUCUUCACACUGACAGGCCGGUCAAAACAUAUAAAUGUUUAUCUGCUUAUGUAAAAGCACUCGCUGAUAAAACACAUUAUUCAUCUCUGUAUAAUCCUGACUAUAUCCUAACUGACACUCAUUAAUUUUUGGCAUCUGUAUUAAAUAAGAUAAUAAAAAUAAAUCAUUUUGACACUGUUUACACUGUAUUUCGAUGAUUCGUCUCUUGACAUUGAUCUUUUCUAUUAAAUAUGCUUUUGACCUAAUCAAUAAUAAUUGUACCUAAUACAGGAAUAUUAAAUAUAUGUUCAGUAAGAAGAGUUUCUAGUGACAUUCUAUAUUAAUUAAAGAUAAAGUAUGAACUGGCAUGUUUCUUAAUAAAAUAUGACAUCAUGCUGAAUGCAAGAAUGUUUACUCAAUUGAUUGCUUAGAGUUGCCUUUUCAUUCCUGUGAUCGUUUUAUGUACAUGUGCAUUUCUUUUUAAUACUCUAUAUAAUAUUCAAAUGAAAUUUAUUUUAAGUACAAUUUUGUUACAUUUACUAUGAUUUUCUUCUUUUUACAAUUCGUUUUAUAUCAAAACCAACACAGACAUGCCUGUACCUAUUGCUGUCAUAGUUUGUGAAGGAAACAUAGAAAUAAUUGUUCACAUAUCAGAUGCACUCGACAGAAGGUUCCAGUAAUUAUUAUAAAAGGAUCGGGAAAGGCUGCCGACUUAGUAUCUGACUACUUAGACAAUCCAUUUGCACUUCAAACGAAUGUUGGAACAUUAUUAGGUAUUGGGUUUGAUAAAAACAUAAAUGAUUUAGUGGCAAAAUAUCUUCAAAGAAUAGGCCAGAAUAGGCAUAUCGUGAGUAUCUUAUUUUAGUGUUUUACUAUAUAGAUACAUAUAUCAUUCUAUGAGAAGCAAAUACUUAUUCAAAAAACCGAUUUACAUGAACAAGCUAUUUCCACUUGCUGAAAAAUGUAUAACUUUUGGUUAAAACAUUUUUUUACUUGUAUGUUGGGAUAUUUGAUCUGGAUAAAGACGACCCUCUAAUAUUUUCCAGCAUUGUUGGAGAGACAGUAGUCAGAUCCUGGUAUAUGGAAGAUAUCAGUCAAGAAAUCACAAAUGAUAAUAUUCAAUCCAAUCAAGAGAAUAAAAACUCACUUGCUUUCAAAUUUCUGUUGCGAACCACUAUCAAUCCGACAAAGGAGACAGUUUACCAACUUCUGGAAGAAUUCAAACAGCUGUCGAUGCCUUGCGCAUUGAACGAAAAACAUCUAGGUCCUACAUCACUGCCCUUAUAUUUUUAUGUCGGACUUCAGCUUUUGGAGGAAAUGGGGUUAAUACAAGAGUGUGGACCGGUUUUUCUUUUCGAGGCAUUAAAGGCAAAUCGGAGCGAUUAUGUUAGGGUAUUGCUUGAUCAAGGUGUGGCCCUUGACGUCAAAUACUUGCCAGAGUUGUAUGACCAGGUUGUCAUUUGCCAAGAUUGUGUCUUUAAAGAGGAUUGUCCCCAUCUUAACUCGGUCUUGAAGCAAAUUAAAAAAGAACACCGAUCUUUUGAAAACACAGUGAAUGGAGAGAGCACCGAUGAAUCAAUGAGUAAAAUCUUAUCAUUUUCGGCUGCAAACUUAGCUAAAAUGCUGUGUCGCACACUUCUGGACUACAAUGCUGAAGAAUUAAAAACAGACGGACCAUCACUUGAUGACAGUUUUUCAGAUAUAUUACUUUGGGCAAUACUUGCCAAUAGAAAAGAACUAGCAAACAUUUAUUGGCUGAACGGAAAGAACCAACUAAUGACUGGGUUAGUCUGUUCGGCUGUUCUUAAAAAAUUAUCCAAGGAUGCCAAACACAAAGAACAAAUCUUAGCAAACGAUUUGAAGGAGCACUCAAAAUUGUUUGAACAGCGCUGUGUCCAUAUGAUGGAUGAAAUGAGCAAAGAAAACAUAAACCAAACAAUUGAAUUAAUGGACACUGAAUCAUUUGUUAUGGGAAUUUUCUCCAGUCCCUUACAUUUUGCCUACGAACAUCAUUUGUAUGACGUUCUAGCUCACAUGUGUUCUCAGAAAAAUGUCAGCAGGCGAUGGCACAACAAUUUGCCUCCUAAUUGUGGACCUUUUCUGAAGUCUGCCAUUCAGGAGCCAGUUGCAUUUCUUACUGCUCCGCUUACUAAAUAUAUAGCUAAUACCAUAUUCUUUUUCCUUUUGGUGAUCAUGCUUAGUGGUUUUCUACUGACGAGUAUAAAUGAGAAGUAUGACUAUCGGGUUUUUACAAAAAUAUUCACAUUUUAUGUGUACAUUUGGUGCAUCGGCGAUGUAGUGGAGGAAACCACUAGUAUUUUGGGAGGCUUGGAUGCACGGCGUCUCUCCUACCGAAAACCAUUUUCACGUACGAAAAGAUUUUUGAAAAACUUUUGGAAUGUGGCCGAUUUGCUGUCAUACGUAUUUCUGAUAGCCGGUAUUGCAGUGCGUGAAUUGUCCAACGAUGAAACUUUCAAUAGUGCCAGACGCUUGCUUGGUUUUUCUCUAAUUUUCAUGUAUUUAAGGUUUUUGAAAGUGUUUCUCGUACACAGAACAUUGGGACCAACGCUAAUAAUGAUCAAGGAAAUGGUGAAGGAUCUGCUUAUCUUCAUGUUUGUUGCUGUCAUUGUGAUGCUGAGUGUUGGUAUUUAUUAUAUGGCGAACCUCUGUCCGGACAAGAAACUCCAUUGGACUGAGGAAGGAACUAUAGGAACUAUGAGGAACAUUUUCGUAUUUCCCUACUGGCAGCUGUAUGGCGAACUCUAUAUGGAGUAUAUAGACGGUAAAAUACAUAUUAAAUGUAUUAGCAAUUUACGAAAUCUUCCAGCGAAAUUAACUAACAAAAACAAAGAGGAUAAAAACAGAGAACAAAAUCCGCCUACAUUGGUGUUGUCUGUAAUAGGAGACUCUAACACUCUUGUCCCCAACCAAUGGCCGAAGGACGUAUUUCAGGAAGCGCUUAUAGGGACAGCAAAAAGUGAAAAAGAAACCUGGAUCCUGUUCCGUGGUUGUAAUGGUGGAGUUUCCAAAGUCGUCAAAGAAGCUUACGAAGACUACGAUUCGAUGGAAUGCUGGAUAAAAGGAAAAGAAGAGUCUGAGUCUAAUCCUAAUCGAUCGCGACGCAUCAAACUCAUUAAUACAACUAACAAAGAGGGAGAAAAUUUGUUAUUGAAUGCAGAGAUGCCAUUUCAAAACAUGAAAGAUGAUCCUUCUUUUCUGCGAUUUGAAACAUUUGUUUCUCAACAAAACAUUUCCUACUUUGGCCCAGACAUGGUAUUCGAAAUACCUGUUCCUACUGCGAUCAUCGUAUGUGAGGGGGACAUUCAGACAAUCUCGCACAUAUCAGAAGCAUUGGAAAAACAACUUCCCGUCAUCAUCAUGAAAGGAUCGGGAAAAGCUGCGGAUUUGGUUCUGGACUACUUAAACAAAUGCAAAGAAAAUGUAAUUCAAGAGAAGUUCAGACUUUUAUUUGGAUAUAAAUUUGAUGAAGAAGAGUAUAAAAAAAUGAAGAAGCAUCUAAAGUGCAUCAAACAAAACAAAGAAUUGGUUGGAGUGUUUGAUCUUUAUAAUGACCAUCCACUCACGUUAUCUGGUAUUGUUGGGGAGGCAGUGGUCAGGAUCUUGUCAAUGAAGAUAGAGCAAAUUCAUUUAGCGGGUGCUUCACAGAGUGGAGAUCAUAUGAAUGAACAUGGACUACUCCCUGCAACGAAGGCAUAUGUGAUGAAUCCGAGGUUCUCUACACCUACAUCACUCCCUUUCUAUUUUUCUUUAGAGUACACAGCUUUACAAGAAAAUGAAGAGUUUAUGAAAAAAUGUGGGAAAGUUCUUCUAUUAGAGGCAUUGAAACUAAACCGAUGUGAAUAUGUUAGUAGUUUGAUGGAUCGGGGAGUAGAUAUUAAAUCAAUUGAUUUGCCAGAUUUGUACGGAUGGCAAUCAAAAAAAGACGAAGAACUUGUAAAACAUUUUUUUGAGAUGAAAAUUGAAAAGAUUAUAGAAAAUGCAGAAGCGGGAAAAAUUCCGUUUGUGGUCGCUGUAAGAAAAGCCUGUCGAAUGUUCCUGAAAUACGAAGAGUUUAAAGCUUCCAACACCAACGAAAGCAACUCAGAUAUUGGCGUUGACGAUGUUUUACUUUGGGCAGUCAUUUUCAAUCGGAGGGAACUGGCUGAACUAUAUUGGCUAAGAGGGAAGGAUAGACUAUGGACUGGCUUAAUCUGUUCGGUUAUUCUCAAAAGAUUUUCCGAGAAAAUACGAGAUGACGGAGAAGACGUUUUUGCUGACGCUCUAGAGGAACAUUCAAAAAUUUUUAAAGAAAGAUGUACCUCGAUUUUAGACAAAAUGAGCGAAGAAAAUACAGACUUAGCAUUCGAACUGUUGUGCGAACGUAAAUCAGCUUGGGGUAUCCACUCUGAUCCACUGAAUUUUGCUUACGAAAACUCAGUGUAUGAUAUAGUAGCACAUACAUGUUCCAAGAAAUAUCUGAAAAAGCAGAUGAAAGUUGAUACUCGGAAAUGCCUAGAGAUUAUUUUGCCCAUUUCACCGAGGAAUCUUUACUAUUCUAAUGUCAUAUAUAAUGCCGUGGGGUUGCUGUUAUACAGUUGGUUUGUUCUAACAAGUACCAGCACUGAAUACAAUGUAGAAGGAUAUAUGCAGAUAUUGGAGUACUAUGUGUACCUAUGGAGAUUUGGAGAUCUUUUUGAAGAGAUUUUGCAAUGUCUCAGAAUCCCGUGCGAUAGAAGCCGGUCCCGAUUACGCAUGACAACCCACCUGGUGAAAUACUUUUACAACUUUUGGAAUUUUUUGGAUUGGUCUUCACACAUAACGCUUGCUGUAGCACUAUGUUUACGACAAUUACUUCAAAGCGAAGGGCAAAUAUAUACAAGAAAUAUGUUUGCUUUGUCUCUGCUGUUUAUGUAUUUGCGAUUUUUAGAGACAUUUCUCAUUUCUGAGAAAGCCGGAACAAUAGUGAUUAUGAUAAAAGAAAUGCUAAAAGACCUCUGGAGAUUUAUCUUAAUAAUUCUGUUUGUGGUGUUAGGAGUAGGAGUGUACUACCAUGCCAACCUUUGGCCGGACCACCAAUCACUAUGGAGUGGUAGUUUGUCUAAUUGGAGGAUAUGGACCAUUAUGUCGCACUCAUACUGGCAAUUAUAUGGAGAGGUUGAUUUAGAAUUUCUGACCGGCAGCAAUCAAGACAACUGCAGCAAUAACAGCUCUUUAUGGAAGGCGGACCCAUCCAUGGAACGAUGCCCACAGCAGGAUUUCUCGGUUCAAGUCAUAGCAGGGAUAUAUAUGAUGUUUACCAAUCUCCUUCUCGUAAACAUCGUCAUUGCUAAGUUCAGCAACACAUUUGAACGUAUUCAUACAAACUCCGAAAAAAUAUGGCAUUUUCAUUUGUUCACGGUGAUGGAAGAUUACUCGAGACGGAUUCCGGCCCCAUUUAAUCUGUUGGUACUUCCAAUGCACUUUAUGAAGAGUUGUUACCGAACAAAGAUUGAUCGUGUGGAAGCUCCAAAAAGCAGAAAAUAUCAUCAAGUUUUGCAGAAAAUCGAGGCCGUUGAAAAAUUCAGGAAAUUAAGAACAACCGAGUUAAUGUAGAUUCAAAACUAAAUCAAUAAAUAUCCGCAUACAAUCGCAGAAAGUACAAAUCGCAAAAUUAACAGUAUCGCGAGGCUUUAUCUUACAAAUGUGAACUAUAUAAAACGAGAAUCAAUUUAUCAUGUAUGUGCGCAUCUCCUAAAGAUGCAAAAAGACGAAAUUGUAGAAUUACGAUCCCCGUAAAAUAAGUAUUAUAAGGAGUCAGUUAUAAAUUCAAAGGCUAAAAAUAGUAGAUUGACUGCUGUGUCUCAUGUUAUUUUUUUGAUACUCAGAAUAGUGAUAUUCAUAUUGCGAACAUUUCAGAUCUUUAAUCUAAUUUUGUUUGGUGUACAGUCUAUUAAAAUCAUAUUGUAUUUUUCUUCAAUUAAAUAAUUUUGAAAACAAAAACUAUAUGCCCAAUCUUUAAAUUGAGCAUAUUUAACUGAUCGCAAUGUAUCGUUAUUUGUAACGUUAAAUGUCGCUCUAUAAUGUUAAUUUAUACUGACUCCUUUAAAAUGAAAAUAAUCAUAAAUCAAUUAUUCUAAAAAUGAUAAUUAUAAUUAUGCAUUUCUUUUCAUUCCAAACUGAAUGGCAUGGCAUAGCAAUCUGGCAAACACUGCAUUGGUGCUUAUAUAAAAAAUAAUCGAAAGCAGUUAAAACAAAUCAGUAGGAAAUGAAACAAAUUAGAAAUGUUGCUUACUUAGAAGAAAUACCAGAAACUUUUUGUUAGCAAAUAAAAGGAAAUCAUUUUUUUUUGCAGUAUAUGAAGGUUGUUAUCAAUUUCUGAGAAAACUGAAAUCUUAUAUAUUUUAAUAAAACUAAAAUAACCAUGUACUUAUUUGUUUCAAUCGAAGAUCUUAUGUAUUACAUUAAAAAACAAAUAUUUUACAGUGUUUGCAGUAAGCAACAAGUUUUUUUGUAUAUUUGUUUUGUUUUAUUUUUUUAUACAGUCAACAGGCUUAUAUAAUUGCCAAUCGCUUUAUCAUUUCAUAUAUGUAUAUGAACUUUGGGGUAAAUUUUUACAGAUGAGCUAAAUCAAUAAUGUGCAAAUCUUUUUUUCAAAAUUAAUUGAUUAAACAAUUAAGUUAUUUAUUUGAAAGAAGUAAAUUUCAAAAAUUAAAGAUUUGCACAAUGUAUCACAUACAUAUACAGCAAUGUUAUAUUUAUAUAGUUAGACUCAAUAAAUAAUAGUAAACUAACUGUUUAUUGACGCAUGCAUUGUUAUUCAUGUUACAUGUUAAUCAAUUAAAUAGGUAAAUUUGUUAUGUUUUAUGAAGCUUUUUAUCUCACAAAUGCCUAACUCGUUGUAAAAUGUAGUCAUCACACACACAAUAGUGUAUUUAAGUAUGUGUAUUUUUUUAGGAUUGAGUGAGUAGGGAUGAAAAUAUUUUAACAUGCGAUUAGAAUGCAUUCUAAUGAAGGAUUAAAACAGAUAGAAAAAUUAACGAAUUAUAUA